UCUCUCUCUCUCUUGUAACCCGAAACCCCUUUCACAUUGUUUGUCCUUUCAGCGGGUUCCUGUUGUCUUCCACCUCCAGAAUGGCCCAGAAGGUGGUGUUGAAGAUCCUGACCAUGACGGAUGAAAAGACGAAGCAGAAAGCCAUGGAAGCAGCAGCCGACAUCUAUGGGGUGGAUUCAAUAGCGGCGGACAUGAAGGACCAGAAGCUGACGGUGAUAGGGCAAAUGGACACAGUGGCGGUGGCGAAGAAACUGAAGAAACUCGGGAAAGUGGACAUAAUUUCGGUCGGGCCUGCCAAAGAAGAGAAGAAGGAAGGGAAGAAGGACGACAAGAAAGAUGAAAAGAAAGACGACAAGAAAUCCGACAAGAAAUGAGGGAAUCCUUACUACUUCCAAGCUUCUGCCGACGCUAUAUAUUAAUCUGUUAAAACGCCGGGGAUUGCUCUGAGAAAUUUUCUUUUUCUUUUGCUUAGUUUCGGCCAUGUGGAAAGCAGACGAACAGAGUUUAGCCCGAAGAGGUAGGCUGCGUGAGGACUGAGGAGGGCACAUACACAUGUUAUGGGGGGUUUUUACUUGUAACCGAUGUUCCGGCA